UUCACUUCCGGCAGCAGGCCUUGAAGUCAUGGCUGCCUUUCUCCGAGCUGUGCCGCGGUCGCCAGGGCCAGCUGCAUGGGGAAGGGCUCUCCACGAGCUGUGGUGCUGCAGUGGGCAGGAUCCUAGGAGGUGGGUGGGAAGCAGGCCACCAGCCUCCAAGGAGAAACCACCCGGCACAGAGACAGAGACAUUUCAGAUGGUGUACCGGUUUGAUGCCAUCAGGGCUUUCGGGUACUUGUCUCGGCUGAAGGUGGCACAGACGGCCCUGACGGUGGUGGCCUUGCCGCCUGGCCUCUACUGGUACUCCCAGGGCCUCAUGACCUUCAACUCCCUGUGCCUGGCGGGCGGGAUCGCUGGCUUUGCCCUGGCCAUGUUGUGCUGGAUGAGCCAUUUCUUCCGGAGGCUGGUGGGCAUCCUGUACGUGAACGAGUCGGGCACCAUGCUGCGGGUGGCCCACCUGACCUUCUGGGGCCGGCGACAGGAGACAUACUGCCCUGUGGCCAACGUGAUCCCCAUGACGGAAAGCCAGGAUCGGCCUCAGGAGCUGUUUGUGCGGAUCCAGCAGUACAAUGGGAAACAGACCUUCUACCUCACCCUGCGCUACGGACGCAUCCUGGACCGAGAGCGUUUCACACAGGUGUUUGGGAUGCUGGACAAGCUCAAGUGAACGGGCAGGAGCCAGGCCUCCUGCAGGAAGCCUGAGGGUGUGAGCGGGGCUGAAGGAGGGGGUCGGGCAGCUGGAGACUUUGCUGGGGCCCCUGGGAACUUGUCUUUUGGGAUGAGGAAAUUCAUGAGGUAGAAGUGAGUAAGUGGGUUUAGAAAGAGGCCCUGAGUGCAGAUUCUUAACUGCACUUGUGUGUGACAUUCAGAUAAUGGCCAGAAGUUUCUGUUAAGAGCCAGUUCUUGGAGGAAGAGAUGCUAAGCUCUCUCGAACAGUUUACACUGCUGUGAAAUCAAAGACAGAGAGGUGGGGGGCGGGAGCCAGAAGACUUGGGUCUGUCCGUUUCCAAAUCCCUGUCCUGGGGCAGGUUAUCAAGUCUCUCAGAACCUUGGUUUUCACAUCUUUUUUUUUUUUUUUUAACAUGUUUAUUGGCGUGUAAUUGCUUUACAAUGGUGUGUUAGUUUCUGCUUUAUAACAAAGUGAAUCAG